AUGGCAAGCAAAUUUAUAAUACAAUAUGCUAUUAAUUACAACUUGAGUCAUUUAAAUCAUAGUUUUUUAAAAAAUAUUUUUUAUGUAACAAACAGAAAGUAUGCAUCAACACUAUAUAUUUCUGGUAGAAAUGCCAACAAAACUUUUGCAUUUAUUUCACCUUAUUUAGACUUUGAUGAACGUUUUGAUGAUAUCGAUAAAUUGCAGAGAGAAUUAAAAUUGCGUAAACUUAAUAUGGAUGCAAUAGAAAUGAAAAAAGCAUGGAACUUUUAUAAAACUAUUGAAGCAAAUAACAUAACUCUAGAAAUUAGAAGGAAAGAGGUUUCAUCAGAAAUAAUAUCAUUACGAGAAAAGAAAGAAAAAACUGUUGAAGAUGAGCAACAAUUAGCAAACUUACUUUUGCAGGCUAAAAUAAUUAAGCAAGAUAUAAAAGCUGUUAAAGAAUUGCGAUGGGAUCUAGACGAAAGUAUUAUAGAAAAAUUGUUAAAAUUACCGAAUAGAUUACAUGAAAGAACACCACCAGAAACACCUAUAAUAUUACAAAAUAUUGGAAAGUUAUGUGUUUUACCAGAAAAUAAUAGAAAAAGUCAUAUUGAAAUAGGGAAAUUACUUAAUCUAGUUGAAUAUAAAAAUCCAAUGACUUAUUAUUUAUUAAAUGACGCAGCUUUAUUUGAAUACAGAUUAUUAAAUUUAGCUGGAAAAAUACUUAGUGAUAAUAAUUUAAUCAGAAUUACAGGAUCAGAUUUUUGUCGUAGUAUAUUAGUUGAAGGUUCUAGUUUAAAUCACGAAGAUCCUAUAGAGACUUUUAUAUUAGAAAAUAUUAAUGAAUCCGAUAGAGAUUUAUUAAAUCAUAUGCAUUUAGUUGGUGGGGCAAGUUUAACAUCUAUGCUAGGAAUUCAUGCAAAACAGUUAAUAAUGCCACAAUAUUUUCCAAUAAAGUAUUAUUCAGUUGGUAGACAAUAUAAACCGAUUCCUAAAGAAACCACAUUAUCUGGUUUAUUUACUGUUUGCCAAGCAUCGGCUAUACAUAUCUUCUUAAUGAUAAACGAUACAGAAUCUAUAAAAUGCACAACUGAAUUUGAAAAAAUGUUAGAAAUUAUUUGUGAAUUUUAUAAUAAUAUUACGGAUCAUUAUCGGGUCGUUAUGCGAUCGGCACCAGAAUUACAAAUAUAUGAAGAAAUGAGAAUAUCUUUUGAAUUAUGGUCAUCUUUCUCUGAACAAUACAUUGAAGUUGGUCAUAUUUCAAUGUAUGGCAAAUAUUUUAGUAAGAGAUUAUUAAUAGGAUAUGAAACAACAGAAGGUAAAGAAUUUCCUUCGAUCAUAUCUGGUACAAUGCUCUCUGUACCUCGAAUAUUAGGAUGUUUGCUGGAAGAAAAUCCUAACAAACUUGUAAUACCUUCAAAAAAUCUUUGAACAAAUAUCUAUUUAUCAUCUAAUAGACACAGAAUUAAAUUAAAAAGAAACCAUUUUAAAUAAUUAAGAUAUUGGCAUCUAGAAAGUAUGAAAUUAUUCAUUAUAUGUUAUAUUGUAAUUAAAUGUAAAAGAAAAUAAAAUUUAUUAGGAAAUUAACAUAAGACUGCUCAUCAUUGUCUUCUAUGCGAAGUGUAUGUGACUUCAGCGACAAAUGUAGACAAAAUAUGAACUACGAGUGCAAGUUGAGAAUAUUGACCCCAUCAUGCGCUUAUCAGAUUCGUUUCACAAGUUUAUAGAAAAUAAUAAAUAUAAUUGAUACAUAUAAUAAUUAUGUAUAAUAAAUAAAUAAUAAAUUUGUGACAGAAAACAAGAUUUUGUUGAAUGUUUUGUCAAAAAUAAUUAAUGAAUACUUAUAUAUUAAAUAUAUUUAUUAAUUAUUAUUAUAGUAGAUGCCGAAACAUAUUUUGAUUUUUAUAAAAAAUAAUAUAUAAUAUUUAAAUAUAUAUUCAAUAAUUAUUAUUUUUGAUAAAAUAAUUAAUACAAUCUUAUUUUUAAUUACAAACUUAUACAUUUUAUACAUAUUUGUCAUUAAACGAAAUUAAACCGGUGCUAUAUCUUAUCUAAUAUAAAUCACUGUGAAGCUCAUGUCAGAUACUAAUGAAGGAAAUAAAUAUGAGAAAUUGGAUAUCGUAAGUUUAUUCUAGUAAUACUUUACUAAUCAUCAAGGAAGGAAGAACUUAAAAAAUUUCAGAUUCGAAUGUAAAAAAUAUAUAAAAACAUUACUUACUUCUUAUGUUAACACUUACAUAUUACGUAUUUCUAAUUGUUUAUCAACCUAAAAUAUAUUUUCAUAAUUAUAUACGCUUUACUGUUAUAUUCCGAGAAUUUUAAAAAAUGAAUAAAGAUUUUUUUUUAUUAAAUUUUGAAAAUGUAUAAUAGAUUCAUAAAAUUUACUUUUCCCAGCUCUAAAUAUUGUUUCUAUUAUUCUGUAUUUUGACGUAUAUCAAUAAAUUUUUUAAACAUUUUUGAUAUCAGGCUUCUCCAUAUGAGGACUGUGAAGUGCAUUUCUUUGUGAUUGAAAUAAAACAGAAAAUCUAAGUAUUAAUUUACGCAUGCAAUCAAACAAGUAUUCAUCUAUUUUACGGAAACAAAACACAUACACCAUUCAAGCGUGAUAUAAAAAUCAGUAGUGGGGAUACGAGUUUCUUCUCUUUUGCUGCACAUUUUAAGGAGUGCCACUAUACAAAACUUUUUCCUCGCGAAAAAUGUUGAAAACAGCGUUUAUGUCAACAAUGAAUUUAAACAUAAUUUUUGAUCGAUUUUUACGAAUAAGUUCUUAUUUUAAAGAUGAAGGUUUAAACGAUGACACGGCUUUUCUAAAUUUUUGAAAAAACUUUAUUUUUAUGCAUAAACGAUUCUAUUAGAAACAUUAUUUUUUGACAUGAGUUUUUAAAAAAAAAAUAAAACUUAUUCAAAAAUUUUAAAAAGCCAUAUACUCGUUUAAAUAUUCAUCUUUAAAAUGCAAUCUUCUUUAUCAAAAAACGGUUAAGAAUUGCAACUGGGUUCAUUGUUGGCGUUAACUAUUAUAAAGCCAGGGUUAAUGUGAGCAGUCAUAACAAAUGAUCUUAUGUUGUGUGUGUUUAUCUGUAAUUGUGUGUAUAAUCAUAAUUUUUAUAAGUUAUAACUACGACCGAUCAUAAUACGAAGAUGAGAAGAAGAAAGUUAUUUUAUAUCGAAAUAAAAUAAAUAUUUUAUUUGUAACAUCGAACAAAAUCAAAAUUUACAUAUCCAAGAAGGAUUUAAUUUGCUUUAAAUGAUGGACCAAUUAGAAAAUUCGGAAAUGCCGCCUUAUCUCAUACCUCCUUUUUUUAUAGGAUAUCUUUGUGUGUAAAGAAUAUGUUGAUAGAUAUCUCAGAAGAGAAAAAUCCUUGGUUUGGAGGACUCUCAAAGAGGGCUCUUAUUAUCUAUUGUAGCAAAAGUUUACCGUUUAAUAAGAACGUAUAAGGACUGUACAUCUGGCAAAAUAUAUGAUGAAAAUAUAACAUCUAUAUUGGCAUUCCUGUAAAAAAGUUUUUAUGAUUUAUUCAACAACAACUUGUGAAACUACCAGGACAUAGUAAAAGAUUAUGUAUGAUCAAAAAUUUAUAAACAUUAUUUAUCAAGAAUGGUACCGUCAAAGAAAGUUUUCGUGGAACUGGAUUACAAAGAAAAAAAAAAAAAGGGGAAAAAAAAAAGAAAGAAAGAACCAAGAGAAAAAAAUAAACGUCCUGGUGUAUAUCUGGGUCGACUAAAAACGAUACGUAAGAAGAUGGAAGCGCGAGGAAAGCGUAGUGAAACUGGUCAAGAGAAGCACGAGACACGGCACGUAGCAUCGCCGAGCCGCACUUGGGUCCGACCGCACCUGUGGGCCCACUGGCCGCCCACUUUUCCACUUACCCCCACUUACCGCGGUCACCAAACACCUACCGACUAUAAAGGGGACUUUUUAUCUUGCUCUCAUCUACAGCUUAUUUAUCUUCUAUUUUUUGUUCUACAGGAAACGAAGAAAAUAUAUCUUGAUUCGUUGGAA